AUGCGCCUCAAGACAUUUAUCUACCCAUUGCUCUGCGCAGCCUUCUCCGUAUUCGCCGCUCUCCCAAAUCAAAAGCCUCUCUCAAACCCCGACACCAACCUCGGACCCGCGAUGCCCUCUCCACCAUCUGCCUCCAACCCAGGCGGCUCCAGCAACAGCCCCAGCGACAGCGUAAUACUCUCGGACGUCCUAGGCAAUGACCGUAGUAUCAACAUAUUCGCAGGUUUCACGCGCGACUUUGCGACCAUCUCCCAGCGCUUCGAAGACAGCAAUGCGAAUACCACCAUCCUGGCACCUAUCAACUCGGCGAUUAUGGCGUUACCGCGCAAACCGUGGGAAGAUCCCAAGGAUUAUGAUGUGCUCGGCGCGGAGGCCUAUGAGGGCGAGAAGGGGGAGGAGCGCGCGCAUAGGAAUAUGAGGAGGUUUGUGGAGGCGCAUGUUGUGCCGGUUAGUCCGUGGAGGGAGGGGGAGAAGGUUAAGACUUUGGCUGGUGGGGAGGUUUGGUGGGAAGGGAAGGAGGGAGGGAUAAAGUUGAUCCAACCGGGCAAUAUUGAAGUCAGUUCUGUGGCGAGUAAGGUGUAUAAUGGUGAAGUUUGGAUCUUGAAAGGUGUGAGGAACUAUGUGUAG